GACGACUCGUCGCCCCUACGUGCCGGCGCACUGCAUUCAGUGAUGGCGCUCCGUGGACAGACCAGCCCUUUUGGCCCAUACGGCGGUUUAUGCCUUCAGUUCCUGAUGCGCGGUCAGGAGCGUCAGGAAGAGACUGUGGAACGUUUGGAGCCACUUGGAGCAGGGUCUGGUGCCGCUGACAUUGAGUACGAGCAGUUCAUGAAGGCCAAGGAGGUUCAGAGGGCCAUGUUCCAGGCAGAGAACAAGACCAUUGUGCACCAAUGUGCCGACACCGACAUCAUCGAAGCCGCUGAGGGAUCUGUGGCAUGUAUCGAUGGGAACCAGGCCGCAGCUCACGUUGCCUACGCCUUCAGUGACUGCGCCUUCAUUUAUCCCAUCACGCCCAGUUCUCCCAUGGGAGAGAUGGUGGAUGAGUGGUCCGCGCAAGGCCUCAUCAACUGCUACGGCCAGAAGCUGAGCGUCACCGAGAUGCAGAGUGAAGCUGGUGCCGCUGGCGCUUUGCACGGUGCCUUGAAGGCAGGCGCCUUCAGCACCACUUUCACCGCCAGUCAGGGCUUGCUGCUGAUGAUCCCGAACAUGUACAAGAUUGCGGGUGAGUUGCUCCCUUGCGUCAUGCACGUGGCUGCUCGUGCGUUGGCAGGACAGGCGCUGUCCAUCUUUGGAGAUCACAGUGAUGUCAUGGCUUGUCGUUCAACGGGCUGGGCGCAGCUGGCUUCAGAAUCUGUGGAGAUGGCACAGGUCAAUGCCAUUGUGGCCCACCUUGUUUCAAUGGAACGCCGAGUUCCCGUGCAGCACUUCUUUGAUGGUUUCCGCACCAGUCACGAGGUGAACAAAGUCAAGUUGAUUGACUACAACACCAUGAAGACUUUUAUCAAUUGGGAGGCUGUCAAAGAGCAUCACGAUUUGGCCAUGAACCCUCGGCAUCCUCACGUGCAGGGCACUUCGCAAGGGCCUGACAUCUUCUUCCAGUGCGUGGAGGCUGGCAACAGCUUCUAUGAUGGGUUGGCUGAUCUUUUUGAAGAGAAGGGGAAGAUGAUUCAAGAGAAGACUGGUUUGCACUUCGCCCUCUACGCCUAUGAAGGCCACCCCGAGGCAAAACACGUGAUUGUGGUUAUGGGCAGUGCAGCAGUGACUUGCGGAGAGACUGCCAGUUUCUUGUCCAAGCACAAGGGACAACGCGUGGGGGUGUUGAAGGUUCGUCUUUUCCGACCUUGGGACAGUUCCCGCUUUUUGGCAGCUUUGCCAACAACCACCGAGCGCAUUUGCGUUCUGGACCGCACCAAAGAGCAGGGCUCGCAGGGUGAACCACUGCUUCUGGAGGUGUCUUCGAUGUUGCAUGCCAGCGCUCACUCCGAAAUUGUGGUGGUUGGAGGCCGCUAUGGGCUUGGUUCCAAGGAGUUUACGCCCAACAUGGUUCUCUCAAUCUACGAAAAUCUAGCCCAGGAGAGCCCCAAACCACGCUUCACUGUGGGCAUCAACGAUGACGUGACCUUCCUGUCGUUGCCAGUGGGCCCAUGGCUCAACGUGCUUCCAGAAGGCACCACUGAGUGCAUGUUCUAUGGACUCGGAAGUGACGGAACCGUGGGUGCCAACAAGAGCGCGGUGAAGAUGAUUGCGAUGGGCACGCAGCUUCAUGCUCAGGCCUACUUCGAGUACGAUGCCAAGAAGAGCGGCGGCGUGACCAUCAGCCACUUGCGCUUUGGUCCCAAGCCCAUCCAUGCUCCCUACAAUGUGCGCGCCGCAGACUACCUGGCUGUCCACAAGCAAAGCUACGUGAACAGCUAUGACAUGACGCGCUACUUGAAGCAGAACGCAGUGUGCGUCAUCAACUGCUCUUGGGACAAGAGCGAGUUGGAGAAGCAACUGCCAGCCAAAAUGCGCAAGGAUUUGGCAGAGAAGCAGGCCAAGCUUUUCAUCAUUGAUGCCACGAAGAUUGCGGUGAAGGCUGGCCUGGGAAAACGCAUCAACAUGAUCAUGCAGACCGUCUUCUUCAAGCUCAGCGCAGUGAUGCCUUAUGAAGAGGCUGUGGAAAUGUUGAAGAAGAGCAUCAAGAAGAUGUACGGCAAGAAGGGCGACAAGGUGGUGAAGAUGAACAUCGAUGGCGUGGAUGCCUCCAUUGAGGGCAUCGUGCAGGUGGACAUCCCUGCAGCCUGGGCAUCUCUGGACCUUGGCUCUGAGGCCACCGAUGCGCAGAAGCAGAAGGUUGCUUAUGGCAAGGGGCCAAGGAUGUUCCCAGAGGUGCAAGAUGCAGAGCAGUUUGCGAAGCAAGUCCAGUCGCCCUGCAACAACCUCGAUGGCAAUGCACUUCCUGUGAGUGCCUUCGUGCCCGGUGGCCGAGUGCCAUGUGGUACAAGUCAGUACGAGAAACGUGGUAUUGCCAUCAACGUGCCCAAGGUGGACAUGGACAAGUGCACUCAGUGCAACAAGUGCAGUCUCAUCUGCCCCCAUGCGGCAGUGCGACCAUUCCUGGCCACCGGACAAGAGCUCGCAAAGGCACCAGCAGCUUUCAAGGAUGGCAGCCGUUCCGCAAUCGGAGGUGGUGUCUUGGACAACUACCAGUACCGCAUCCAGGUCUCCCCAUGGGAUUGCACAGGCUGUGAGUUGUGCGUCCGCAUUUGCCCUGCUGAUGCAUUGACCUUGGGACCUGCAGGGAAGGUCAUUCAGGAAGAGGAAGCCAAUUGGAACUUCGCAGUGACCCUCCCAGAUCGUGGUGAUGAAAUUGACAAGACCACCGUGAAGGGCUCCCAGUUCCAGAAGCCGUAUCUCGAGUUCAGCGGGGCCCGUGAAGGAUGUGGUGAGACUCCGCAUGUGAAGCUCAUGACUCAGCUUUUCGGUGAUCGACUGGUGAUUGCCAAUGCGACAGGCUGCUCCUCCAUCUGGGGUGGCUCCAACCCAUCCUUCCCCUACACGACCAACACGAAGGGCGAGGGCCCUGCCUGGGCCAACUCGCUCUUCGAAGACAAUGCCGAGUUCGGCUUCGGCAUGCGCAAGGCCUUCAAACAGCGCCGUGACUACUUGGCCAUGCAAGUGGAGGACACCUUGGGUGACAAGGCGGUGACGAUGUCCGAUGAACUUCGACAAGCCUUGAACCAGUUCUUGGUGAUGCGCAAGGAGAACAUGCACGACUUGCUCUUGCCAAAGGGUCGCAGUAUCUACCACCAGAUCAUGGAGAAGCUUGUGCCAUUGCUCGAGAAGGAGAAGGGUGAUCACCCAAAGAUCCACAACUUGUACGAUUUGGAAGACAUGUUCGGCCGCAGCAGCUUCUGGAUUGUUGGCGGAGACGGCUGGGCCUACGACAUCGGCUAUGGUGGCUUGGACCACGUCAUUGCCAGUGAGGAACAUGUGAACAUCUUGGUGCUUGACACGGAGAUGUACAGCAACACUGGUGGACAGGCAUCCAAAGCAACACCAAAGGGAGCCAUGGCAAAGUUCGCUGAGGGUGGAAAGCUGACGCAGAAGAAGGACAUGGGACAGUUGGCCAUGACCUACAAGAACGUCUACGUGGCCAGCAUUUGCGUUCAUGUCAACCCACAGCAAGCAGUCCGCGCUAUGAUUGAGGCCGACGCCUAUCCGGGACCAAGCAUCAUCCUUGCAUACAGCCCGUGCAUCAGUCAAGGUUUCCCUAUGGCCGAGUCCAUCCAGCACUGCCAGAUGGCAGUGGACAGCGGCUACUGGCCUCUUUACCGAUACAACCCAGAGUUGGCAGCACAUGGCAACAAUCCGUUCCAGCUCGAUAGCCGCAAGAUCAAGGGCGAUCUGUUCAAGUUCCUUGCCAAGGAGAACCGCUUUGCAGCAGUGAUGCGUCGCGAUCCUAAGCAUGCAGAGGAGCUUGACAACAAGUUGCAAGAGAACCUGGUUCAGAAGAACCAUUUGCUGCAGGUUUUGAACAAAGAGGAUUUGGAAGGGCAAUUCAGCAAGCUGGUGGAAGGCCUUUCAGAUGCCAAGAGCUCUGGAGAUUCAAUCACUGUGCUGUACGGCAGUGAGAGUGGCAAUGCCGAGGAGCAGGCUAAGAAUCUGAUGCAAGAUUUGAUUGCUCGUGGUUUGAAGGCGACGGUGAGCUCGCUGGAUGACUUUGAAUUUGAGGAGCUGCCCAAUCAGAAGAUCAUGAUUUUGGUCGUCUCCACCUGUGGAUUGGGAGAGUACCCAGCCAACUGCAAGCAGACUUGGCUGAAGCUGCAGUCGGCAGACUUGCCAAUGUCUUGGCUGUCAGGUGUGAAGUUCUGCGUCUUUGGCUUGGGCGACUCAACCUACAGCCAGUUCUGUGUGGCUGCAGCAGGCUUUGAUACGCGCUUGGGUGAGCUUGGUGGUCAGCGCAUGCUCAAGCGCGGUGUGGGAGACGACCGUGACGAGGAUCGCUACUACACUGGAUGGGAAGCCUGGUUGCCAGAGCUUUGGAAGGUCCUCGGAGCCCCAGCCCUGCCACUGAGCCAGGACAUUCCAGCCCCAUCCUACAGAGUUGAUGCCUCUCCAGGUACUCUGGGAAAGCCACCUGUAAGUGACGACGACAUCAUCCCACCUGGUGCCAACCGACUCACUUUGCUCACGAACAACGUGCUGACUGGUGAUGCCAAGUAUGAUCGAGACAUUCGUCACUAUGAAUUUAAGAUCGAGGGCACCAACGUAUCUUACAAGACUGGUGAAAGUCUGGCCAUCUGGCCGCGCAACCCAGAAGACAAGGUCUUGGAAUUCUGUCAGAUGAUGGGCUUUGACCCUGCGCAGAACCUGAGAGUCCUUCCUUUGGAAGGAGCCCGCAACUGGUGCCCCACGGAGCUGAGUGUACGACAGCUUUUCUCCCAUGUGCUUGAUAUUUUCGGAAAGCCGAACCGAAAGUUCUACCAGACUCUUGCGCUCUUUGCAAAGGAUGAGGGUGAAAAGAAGCAGCUGCAAAGCAUUGUCGAGAACAGCAAGGAGGGAGCCGCCCUCUAUCGCGACCUGACCCAAGACUUUGCACACCAUGCAGAUGUGCUGCAGAAGUUUGCAAGCGCCCGACCUCCCAUUGAGCACUUGUUGCAGAUGAUGCCGGUGUUGAAACCCAGGAGCUACUCCAUUGCCAGCUCUCCUUUGAUGCAUCCGGACAAGAUCCAGCUCUGCGUGGUGCUGGUUGACUGGACAGUGGAGACCACCAAGGAGCUUCGAUUGGGUGAAUGCACAGGCUACAUGCAGAUGCAGAAGCCCGGCGCCCAGAUCAUGUGCGCCGUGCGCUCCAGUGCCAUUGUGCUUCCCAAGGAGCGGGUGAUGCAGAAACGCCAGGGCAUCGACGUUGGGAAAUGCAUGCUCUUCUUUGGCGCCAGGUACAAGCAGGAGUGGCUGUACCGUGACGAGUUCGAAGGCUAUGAGGCCGAGGGCGUGCUGCAGAUGCACACGGCCUUCUCCCGGGAACAGGCCCGAAAGAUCUAUGUGCAGCACAGAAUUGUGGAGGCUGGCAAUGACGUGGCACAGAGGAUGCUGAACGAGGGAGGCCACUUCUACGUUUGUGGCUCCGCUCGGCAAGUGCCUGAAGACAUUUACACAGCGAUGAAGGAGGUGAUGAUGGCCCACGAACGCUGCGGGGAGGAAGAUGCUGAAGCGAUUUUGUCCAAUUUGAAGAUGGAGGGACGUUACACCGUGGAAGCUUGGUCAUGAGAGGCGUUGAAGUUCUGACGCGUGCGCGAUUUCAUUCGCCGUUUCAUCAAUUUUAUAAUUGCAAGAAUUGAAUUCCUCGCAUUGAACACCUGUGAUUCUUACUGACAAGGGGAACACAGGACCUUGCCCACAAUCCCCUUUGCAGGGAGACUGGCGGCAAAGCAACUUGUUGGGGUUGGCGACCAUGUUGGGGUGAUC